CAGCCAAGCAGCAACCCAUUUCAUUUAUCAACCAAUACCGGCGAUCUGCGUAAUGUGUAUAAAAUACGCAUUGGGCGCUUUCAUUUGGUUUUUGUUUUAGUUUAGCAUUCUGACGCCGCAUUCAUAAGGGAGCGUCUUCACAAUCACCACAAUCGAACACAUUUCCCAGGCAACAGGAUGUAUUUUCCGUCGAUCUCAACAAUACUGGGCGUGGCGUUUCUCGCCUACAUUGCACAUUCCAUCUAUCAAAUGUCGCAACUCUUUAACAAACUACAAUGCACCGGUAUGCCCUGCUACACCUCAUUCCUGGCAGAUAAUCCAAAGAUGCAGCUGGCACUGUUCACAUCGCUGACACGCAACCCCAUCGCCGCUGAGGUGCACGACGUGUAUAAGACACAAAAAUUUGACUACUCCAGUCCGUUCGAGCAUGACUUUGAGGUGGAUGUGCCGCUUAAGACUCGCCGAAAUGGCUCCCUCUAUAUGCACGUCGUGGUUGCGCUCGAGGGUGAGCCGCUGGAAUGGCGAACGUUGCGUCGUGAUGGACCCACCGUACUGCACACACUCAGUCUGACGGACUAUAUGGUUCCAAGAGCCGAAGCCUUCAAUUUGCUAGGCGAUGCCGAGCAGCUUAAGUCGCCGGCUUCUGGCAAAAAAGAAGGCGCCCAAGUCCCAGCCGGCCGUCCCAGCACCCACAUACGCUCGAAAGUCUUUGUAACGCUGCUCACCGAUCUCUUCUCACUGUCACAAGCCGACGUCCCACCAGAACUCGCCCAGCACAUACAUGUGAACCGAAAGCAGCAAAUACUGCCAAUCCUCAAGACGGACACGUUCAACACCCGCCUAAAGGAUCUGGUGCCAGUAACUCGCAAUACCACCGAAUUCACCUUUACCUUCCACUACAAGCCCGUCGGCGUGGGCAGACUGCGUCUGAUGCUGCUAAUGGAGCAUGCAACGCAAGCGCUGCUGGCCAUUGGAUUUGCUAUUAAGGACAUUGACGAAGUCAAGGGCAUAUUCUCAGACACGAAUAUGUACCUGCUAUGCGGCACUAUCUUCGUAUCCAGUGUGCAUAUGCUCUUCGAUUUUCUAUCCUUUAAGAACGACGUUGCAUUCUGGCGCAAGAAACGCUCCUACGAGGGCCUCUCGACACGCACCACAUUGUGGCGGGCGUUUUCGCAGUUUGUGAUCUUUUUGUACCUGCUGGAUGAGGACACUUCCUAUCUGGUCAUUGUGCCCGUCGGACUGGGCACGCUCAUUGAGCUGUGGAAAUGCAAGAAGAUCCUACGCCUGGAGCUUAGCUUCAGCAGCUUCGUGCGUCGAAAACUUGAGCAGGCGGAGGCCAAUGGUAAUGCAGCCACGAAGCGUGGCCAGCUUGCUGAACGCCAGACAGAACAGUUCGACCGUCAGGGCAUGAAAUAUCUCAGCUACCUCCUAUAUCCAUUGUGUAUUGGUGGCGCAAUUUACUCACUCAUCUAUCAGCCGCAUCGAUCUUGGUACUCCUGGACACUGAACUCGCUUGUGAAUGGCGUCUAUGCCUUUGGCUUUCUUUUUAUGCUGCCCCAACUAUUUGUGAACUAUAAGCUGAAGUCUGUGGCAGCACUUCCGUGGCGGGCCUUCAUGUAUAAAGCCUUCAAUACAUUCAUCGAUGACUUUUUUGCCUUUAUCAUCACAAUGCCGACUGCCCAUCGCGUGGCCUGUCUGCGCGAUGACAUUGUGUUCCUCAUAUAUUUGUAUCAACGCUGGCUUUAUCCCGUGGACCAGAGUCGCGUCGACACCGGCGUUGCUAUUGACGAGACAGAGCCAACGGAUUUGGAUCCAACGUCAAAUCACCAGAAGCGUGACUAGGACUCCCCGCAUAUUCCGUCUAUAUCUUUAGAGCUGUAGCUUAGUGCGUAGCAAAUCCAUUUUUGAUAUUCGUCUUUGCAUACCGUAUAUGUAUGUAUAUAAGUAUAUGAACUGUCCAUGUGUUCGCGUUUGUCCCAGCCCAAGGGGCUCAACGCACAUAAACAACAUUUUAGUAAAAUUGUAGUUGAAAAAUUGCAAAA